CACGCGCCGUCUCGGGCUCGCUUCGCUCCGUCACGCUCCGCGACGACCCGCGGCCGUCCGCGUAUCGAUCCCGACCCGACAUGCGACCGGACCCGGACCGGUGCCCGCGAAAACUGUGAAGUGAGUUCUGUGACUGAACUUUGCGUGCUAAACACUUUAUUGUAGUGAAAAAUGACCUCACAAUUCGCCUUCCGUGGAUCUCCUCCAAACCAGAGCACCAUAUCGACAGCCUCCAACAGUCCGCCGCCGACGCAGGCGGGCAUGAGCGGCGCCGCGCGGCCGAGCUCCCCAGCCGCGUCCAGCGCGCGGUGCUGCGACACCGGCCGCCCUAUAUUCCAGGACCCGCUCACGGGGCAGACGGUCUGCUCGUGCCAGUACGAGUUCCUCAACUACCAGCGGCUAGCGUCGGGCGUGCCGCUGUCCAUGUACAGCGCGCCGUACCCCGACGCGGCGGCCGCGGCGGGCAUGGCGGCCUACUUCCCCGCGCUCGCGGCGGAUCAACCCCCCUUCUACGCUAACACGGCUGCGGGCAUCGAGCUGAAGGAAAACCUCGCAGCCAGUGCAGCGAGUUGGCCCUACCCCACAGUCUACCACCCCUACGACGCGGCAUUUGCCGGCUACCCCUUUAAUGGAUAUGGAAUGGACCUGAACGGUGCAAGAAGAAAAAAUGCCACCAGAGAAACGACGAGUACUCUCAAAGCGUGGCUCAACGAGCACAAGAAGAACCCCUACCCCACCAAGGGGGAGAAGAUAAUGCUGGCGAUCAUCACCAAGAUGACGCUCACGCAAGUGUCCACGUGGUUCGCGAACGCGCGCCGGCGACUCAAGAAGGAGAACAAGAUGACGUGGGAGCCAAGGAACAGGGUUGAUGAUGAUGAUAAUAAUAAUGAUGAUGACGACCAUAAGAGCAAUGAUGGGAAGGAUGCGUUAGAUGGCAAAGAUUCCGGCACCGGUUCGAGUGAGGAUGGCGACCGACCACAGCAAAGGCUAGAUCUACUGGGGCAGCGGACGGAGUCGGAAUGGUCGGAAUCACGAGCAGACAGCGGGCCAGAGUCUCCCGAACCUCCAUACGAGAGGCCUAUCCACCCUGCGUAUCAACAUCUGCCCUCCCGCGCUCCUCCCGGUAGCACUCCCGCUUCAGCAAAACCCAGAAUAUGGUCGCUAGCUGAUAUGGCCAGUAAGGAUGGCGAAGCUCCCGCGCCGCCCGCGGCUGCGUCAGCGUUCUACCAAUCGGCGGCCGCGGCUGCAGCGGCGGCGAGGCUCGCGCACCCUUACAGCAGACCCGAGUUGUACAGGGGCUUGUAUCCCCCCACGCACCCAGCGGACGUCGCGCUGCUAGAGUACUCCCGCUCUUUAGCUCUCGCGGCUCCCGCACCCGCGCCUCCCGCGCCCUCCCCGUCCUCUUCGUCUACCUCGUCCCUCGCAGAGCCGCCGCCCCCCUCCCGCGCUUGACCUGCCCUCCGCCCGCCCCUGGCGCAUCGACAAUAAUCACGAUCUCGGCCGAACGCCGUAACCGCUUCGACUGGUACCGUACAUCCCUUGGUAGGCCCAACAUUAAUGCGAUACAUUUAACUGACCGACAUAGUUUCUCAACCACAUACCUACUCCAUGAUAUUUAAAUCGACAUUCCCAAAAUCAGUGUUAAUGAAGUACUCGUUACCUCUUCAUACAAUCGCAAACUGCGUUUACAAGUCCGUUACGAUAGAAAUAAGCUAAGAAGUAUUGUGGAAUGAGAUCAUGCUAAAUGUAUGUAUGGUAAUAAAUGUAUGUAGUUUUGAUAGCUGAAGCUCUAGUUUCCUAGGACAGCUGUGCCGUUAUCCUUCUAGCGUUGAAUGACGUCACUGAAAUCUGAAAUAAAAUAGCGUGGUUCAUAGCAAACGUCAUGAUACCAGACACCCCGUUCACACUGCAAUAGCAUCGCACGUUUUCGCGCAGUAGAAAUCUUACCGGAUACGUAGUGGGUUAUACUUUGAGUAUAUAGCCAUUGCAACACGUUGUUUGUACUACGAAAAACCGUUUUAAAGUGUGAAUGGUUCUAUCUCAGAGUAUGCGUCAUUACGUGUUCAGUAAAAUUUAUCUUGCAAAAAAAACGUUGCCCGGUGAACGGGGUCUAAAGUUCCGUGGGUCACAGACGUGCUGCGGUUGUCGCAACUAUAUUAAACUUUGUCUAGCGGUAUAGUUUUAUAUAGCACCGUUAUUCUAUGAAACCAGAGCUUGAAAUCUAAACAGAUUUUAACAUCUAGGAAAUAGUAAUCACAAUAAUGUUGGCGCCCACCAUUUGUAUGCUACAGUAGCAGGCUUCGACGGGUUUUCGUCUGUAAAUAUCGACCUAUAAAUAUAUGAUAUACAUACGUAUAUACGUGAUAAAUAAUUUAUGCACCGGUAGAGAAGCUUAGAUUUGUGAUAGGGCGCCUUCGCCGAGGUUGACACCUCACACGUCGACCGCCGCGUCGACCGACCGACAAUACUAGGUGCUAAAUCCGAGUUGGACCGAGCGACUUGCUCUAGUUAUUAGGGUAGACUAUCAUGGGUCGCGGUCGAAGCGACAGACACGCGACAGACGCAUCGCGGCUAAUGCGACAAUACUAAGCACCAUGUACUUAAAUUUUCAUUAGUUGACUUAAAACAUAAACAAAUCAGAGAAAUCUUCUUGAAGAAACGCGUAAGUGACGAGAUUUGCCCGGCACUUUAGAUCAUCUAGCUUGAGUAAGGUUUUUAACUAGCAUCAUGAUUUAGGAUUACGAUUGUCUGCCAAUCCGAUUAGGAUUACGAUUCUCGUGAGCGGAGAGCCCCUGUUCAGUAGUGAUCUGACGAUGGGUUGCUGAUGGUGAUGGUCAUAAUUUAAUUGUCAGUUCUCUGCAAACAUCCUAUGGGCCGCGUAUAGUACACUUUUCAUGCAUUUUAGUGAGAAGCUACAUGUUUACUUUUUAAGUUAAGGGAAAAUAAAUUAUAUGGUGCCACUUCCGUGGAAAGUUUCAAAUACGUUGGACUACGCCACACAAUUUUAUAGUGUUUAAUAUUAUCACGUCAGUCAAGGCGCGUCUGCAACCCAUGGAAAUCUACCUUUACUGCUCCUCUGGUACCAAACUUAAAUGUGAUUACAAUGCAACUAUUGUCACUGGAUGAAUUAAUGGUAGAGACUCUGGCUAAAGCUGGAUUUCACUAUCAGCGGCAUAAAGACCAAAUUUCUACGUUUCAAUCAAAAAUAGUCCAAUGGUUGCUUAUAUUAUCAUACAGACGUGGUUAAUAUUUUUGAACAAUAAUAUGUUGAGAUUAAUGCCAUCACACACACAAUGAACGCUAAAUAGAGAACUCGAAACGCUAGAUCGUUAACUAUGAGAUUGAUGUUUUAUAUAUUUGUCCGAUUUCAAUAGUCAAUACAUCUGUAAUCUGUUAUUAUGUUUCUUUGGAACGUUGUUAUGUACAAAUAACAACAUUGCCAAAUUAUUUUGCGUCAAAUUAAAGAUAUAUUGAAUAUUGA